CGCAGGUUGUUGGGUUUGCGGGGAUUUCCUCGACGUGUUUGUUGUUCCAAGCAUAUGCUAAUAUAUGCGAGCUACUAUUUGCGACAAGUACAAGAAUUGUACAGUUAUUUUAGUGUUUUGUGCAAGUUAACAAAGGAACAUUGCUCUUUUUUGGCUCAGGGCGGACGAGGUUUGUCUGUAGGCUGCGUCACGCCACAGAGAGGGUGGACACGUAGAAGGACAGGGAAAAAAACGAGGCUGAACUUUCAUCUGACCGUCAGAUAACUCACUCCAGCUACCGACUGCCCCGUGUUAUGGAGUGAAACACUGUGGUUAGCAGGCUGCUAUUGGGAGCAUGGACUCAACAUAUGGAGACCCAGGGGGGAAGGAGCCCAAACUGAAUGGACAGGAUAAGUCGGCACCUGAAGCGGUUAUUGGAAGGCAGCUAAGCGAGCCAGGGCGAUUUGCUUACGCCGCCUUGUGUGGAGUGUCACUUGGUCAUCUGUUUGCAGGAGCUGAACAAAGAAAGUUUCGUGAGCAGUACCUGGAAGGGUUAGUGCAGUGGCUGGAUCUUGAUGAGUCUGUCAUGCCAGUCAUGCAGGCUUUCCUGGCUGGACUUGGAUGUGAAGGUAGUGACACCUUCCUGUCCAUCUUACAGGCAGAGCCACUACUCAGUGCAGGAUGCUUACCUAUUACACAGGACCUUGUUUCAUUCGCUCUAAAAGAUGGUCAGUAUGAUGCAAGAGCUCGCGUCUUGAUCCGACAUGUUAGCUGCCUGCUGCGUGUGUGCCCUCAGCAGCUAGAGGACUUUGAGGAGACACUUGGAGAGCAGUUAAGAGAAGGAGGAGAGGAGAGCGAAGAAGAGUCAUCAAGAAGACGAAAGAAGGAAAGGGGCCGCAGACUACGCCGUUACUUGCUGAUAGGUCUUGCCACCGUUGGUGGGGGCACAGUAAUUGGUGUGACGGGGGGUCUGGCUGCCCCUUUGGUGGCUGCUGGGGCAGGAGCAGUGUUGGGAGCAGGAGGAGCCGCUGCUCUGGGAUCAGCCACAGGCAUCGCCAUUAUGGCUUCUCUCUUUGGAGCUGCAGGAGCAGGCUUAACUGGCUAUAAAAUGAACAAACGAGUGGGAGCCAUCGAGGAGUUUGAGUUUCUUCCUCUGAGCCCUGGGAAGCACCUUCAUCUUACUGUGGCUGUGACAGGAUGGCUCAGCAGUGGCAAAUACAGUUCCUUCCAGGCUCCAUGGCGUAGUCUGGGUGCCUGUGGAGAACAGUACUGUCUGAAGUGGGAGUCACGCUACCUGAUGGAUCUGGGAUGUAUACUGGACUCCUUGUGGGAUGGAUUAGUUAGCAUUGUGGCCCAGGAGGCCCUCAAAUACACUGUAUUGUCAGGCAUUGUUACGGCUCUGACCUGGCCUGCUUCUCUGCUGGCAGUAGCGAGCGUGAUUGACAACCCAUGGGGAGUGUGUCUGAGCCGUUCGGCAGAGGUGGGAAAGCACCUGGCCCAAGUGCUCCGGAGCCGGCAACAGGGAAAGCGGCCUGUCAGCCUGAUUGGCUUUAGCCUUGGAGCUCGAGUCAUCUACUUCUGUCUAGAGGAGCUUGCCAAUGACCAAGGUAGUGAAGGUGUCGUGGAAGAUGUCAUUCUGCUGGGAGCCCCUGUAGAUGGAUCUGAGAAAACAUGGGAUCGACUCUCCAAAGUCGUCGCUGGGAAGAUUGUUAAUGGAUAUUGCAGAGGCGAUUGGCUCCUGGGAUUUCUGUAUAGAAGUUCAUCUGUUCAACUGUCUGUGGCAGGGCUGCAGCCAAUCAGUUCCAGUGCUCGCUGCAUAAUUAAUGUGGAUCUGUCUUCUGUGGUCAAAGGUCACUUGGAUUACAUGCGUCAGAUGGACACUAUCCUUGUAGCAGUUGGUGUUCCUACCAAGGAAGGAGCUGGAGUAAUGGCUGUCCAUCCGCAAACACUGUCUGUAGCUCAGGGAAUUCCAGACAUGCCAGCUCAGGAGAUCCAGUCAGCCAAGGAAAAUGGACAACAUGAGGAAAAACCUUUAACUAACUCCUACAACAAUGUGGAGACUAACGCAAAAGAAUUCACAAAGACUGAAGGACAGGAAUAUUGUGUUGAGGGUGAGAAAGAAGACGGCUGGGAUAUUCCAGACAUUUCAGACUUAUUGUUAGACUCUCUCAAUGACGCUGACCCUGGUCAAAAGGAUGGCAGUGUUUGUCAUGCCACUGAAGGCAGCAAAGGCCCAGACUGUGAGGGCAGAGGGGAGGAAUCGGGUGAAAGUGACAUAGACACUCAACACAUGUCCUGGGACUGGGACACCACUCACUGGACUGCUGAGCACCAAUCAAGACAAACUGUACAAAACACACAGGACCAGCUAGCCAAUGACAGGCCAGCUUUUCAGCCAACUGCAACACCACCUACACACUCUCUUCAAACUCCAGACUCAGAACACUCAGCAACAACAAAUGUGGAUUCAAAUGGUAAACUAGCUUAAAUCAGCACUUCUCAGGUCUUGUCCUGGAGUGCCCUUGCGCUACCGAGUUCAGUGCUGUGAAACACCUGAUUCAACUCAUCAGCUAAUUAUAAAGCUUUCCAUGAGAUGAAUCAGGUGUGUUAGUAGAAGGAAAGUAUUAAACUGUAAUUCAGGGGUACUACAAGGCUGCAAUUAGGACAUACACUGCAAAAAAUGUUAUGUUGGCAAGCAAAAGCAUCUCAAACAGGAUAUAUGUCAUCGCUGCCAAACAGAAAGUUUUUUUAUUUUUUUUAAUGUUACAUUUUCAGUUUAGAGUAUUCAACAUUAUAAAAGUGCAAUUUUGUAUUAAUAAUAUAAAAGUUAAUGUAAGCCUAAAGCUAAGAAAGUAGCCAUGAGGUAACAUACUAGUCAUAAUACAAUGAUACUAUAUUAUACAUCAGUUAAUGUUUAAAUAAUCUUUAUUCAAUAUUCGUGAAAUCUCACAAAGAGCAAUAUUAAAUAUAUUGCUCUCAUUUAAGGUUCCUUCCCUUGCCAACAUAUCAUUUUUUGCAAAGAACUGGAAUAAAAGCCACUGGGAUCUUUUACUGAUUUAUUUAAACUUGUCAUAAAUUAUUUUAAAAUUGUAUUAACGUCUCGGUUGUUAACAGCUGACACUGUGAAUGUAGACAUAGCUGUUUUCGUAGCGAAAGGCCUUGUGGAAAUUAUGCUCAGCUUUGCUCAACUCUUGAAAGCCUAUGCAGACUCUUAAUUAAAAGCCUUGUUACCGCUUAACGGACA